GACUGUAUGGUGUUGUAUUAUUGUUUGACAGCUGUGUCCAAUGUAAGGUUGAUGGUGUGUAUUCUUAUAUUGUUUUACCACUGGAAAAACUUACUCACAAUAAUAUAUAAUACUAUAAGGUUUUUGUUGAGAAAGUGAGGAUUUUUUUCUACUCGUAUAAUCCAUUGUUCGGCUAUUACAGUGUUUGCUAAAUUUCCGAGGAGCCCUGAAUGUUACACGUAGUUUGACAGCUGGACAACCAAACAUGGCGGCUGCUAACAGGAGCUACCAACACCUUCGAUUAUAGUCCGCGCCAGCUCUCUGUUUGUAGCUCACGACGAAAAAGAUGCGCAGAAAACGAAAUAGCCCAGUUUCCUGUUUAUCUGUGUUGCUGUUGUUGUCGACGAGCUUUGUUAUUGUUUUGAAUCGGUAUACAGACAGACAGUGCCGAUAGGAGGUGGACUACCUGGACUGGUUGGCUAUGCUCUUCUCUGGAGAUGUUUAACAGAUAACAGAGCUUCACUCAGUCCACCUUUAAACACUAACUCCAGGGAUGAUGUCAUCACCAUCAACAAAACCAAAGACCCCAGACUCUCUUUCAGUGUCCUCCCUGCUGUCUGCUGAUUUGGACAGUGAUGGCGAUGGAACUAGGGGGGACGACAAUGGGCUGCGAGACUUGGAAGUAAAUCCUUACGAUGGUUUGCCAUUUUCUUCCCGAUACUAUGCUCUUUUGGAAGAACGAAAAAAAUUGCCUGUUUGGGGGAUCAGACAAAACUUCCUGGAGCAGCUAGAGAGCAACAGCAUGUUACUUGUCAGUGCACCAAGUGGAUCAGGAAAGAGCACCCAGGUGCCUCAGUGGUGUCUGGAGUAUGCUUUGUCCUUUGAGUUUUCUCAUGGCCUGGUGUGCUGUUCUCAGCCGUAUUCAGUGGCAGCAGUGAGUCUGGCUCUGCGAGUGGCUGAUGAGAUGGACCUGAGUUUGGGGAUGGAGGUGGGGUACAGAGUGUCCCAUGAUGACAGCUGCACACCGGACACCCUCCUCAGGUUUGUCAGUGACACUUAUCUACUGGAGGAAAUGAUGUCCGACCCACUCCUUCAUCAGUAUGGGAUAGUGAUGUUGGAUGAACUUCAGGAGCGCACUGUCCACACUGACGUCCUGUUGGGACUGCUAUGUGACGUUUGCCAGCAAAGACCAGACAACUUUCGUGUUGUGCUCCUGACACACCCCACGUUAGUUCCCCGCCUUGCCUCUUUUCUUGGACCAACUGUGCCCCACCUCUCACCAGAUAGUCCCAUUACAGAUGGCCCCACAGAUAGUCCUACAGAGGUGCCUAAGGAGGGGGGUUGUCAGCCUUUUGGAGGCAAACAAGUGGAAAUAUUAUACAGAGAAGUGUUACCUGGGAAGGACCCCGUGGUAGCAGCUUGUCACAUGGUGCUUGAUUUGCACAGAAGGGGAGAGGAAGGUGACGUCAUGGUGUUUUUGGCCAGUUCACAGAACAUUGAGGAGUGUGGCGCACUUCUCGAGAAGGAGAGCAUUGCCUUGAGUCCUCAGCUUGGAGUUCUACAGAUCAUCCCACUUCACUGUGGCCUGGGCCCUCAGACACAAAAGGUUUAUGAGGGUGAUCCUGAAGUAAGCUACUCCCUUGAAGAGUCAGCACUGACAACAGAUGCCUCCACAAUGAGAAGAAAAGUUAUUCUCACAGACAUGCUUGGAGAGGCAUCAUUUUCUGUGCCUGCAAUACGCUAUGUUAUAGACACAGGACUGCACCUAAAAACUGUUUACAAUCCACAAAUCAGAGCUAAUUCCCAGAUACUGAGAGCAGUCAGUAAACAGCAGGCAGAUAUACGUACUCAGAGAGUGAACAGUAACCUAUCGGGGUUGUGUGUCCGUCUUUAUCCAAAAACUCUUUAUGAAGAGGGGAUGGGGGAAGCUCACUGUCCUGGGGUGAUGGAUGAAGACCUCAGCCAUUUAGUGCUUCUCUUAAAGAGGCUUGAUAUCGCUGAUAUGGGACAGUGCAAGUUUCUGGACAGACCAGCUCCUGAGGCGCUGAUGCAGGCCCUGGAGGACUUGGACUAUUUGGCAGCACUGGAUGAUGAUGGAAACUUGUCUGAGGUUGGCAUUAUAAUGUCAGAGCUGCCACUGGAGCCGCCUCUCGCCAAAGCCCUAAUUGCAGCCUGCGAGUAUGACUGUGUAGAUGAGCUGCUCACCAUUGCUGCUAUGCUGACGGCACCUUCCUGUUUUGCAGCAGUUGAUCCCAGCAAAGAGGAGGAUGCAGUCACUCACUGGCGGCCUCUAAUGCACACUGAGGGGGAUCACAUGACCCUGAUCAACAUUUAUAUUGCAUUCAUAGAACAUAAUCAAGAUGAGGCUUGGUGUAUAACAAACUUCCUGAGCUAUGCUGCUUUGCGGUUGGCUGCUGUGAUACGGGCGGAGCUUUUGGAGGUGAUGCAGAGAAUAGAGCUUCCAGUAUCUCCACCUACAUUUGGCUGCCAAGACAACUGCACAAACAUCAAGCGGGCUCUCAUCUCAGGCUUCUUCCUCAAGGUGGCUCAUGAUGUGGAUGGGUCUGGGAACUAUCUUCUGCUGACUCACCGCCAUGUGGCGCACCUCCAUCCCUUUUCUUCUUACUUGUGUCGUCAACCCUGCCCCAAACCGCCCAACUGGGUACUGUACCACGAGUUCACUAUUUCCCGGGAUAACUGCAUCCGGAUUGCAUCAGACGUCCACCCUCAGAUGCUUGUGGAGUUGGCCCCUCAGUACUUCUUGGGAAACCUACCCUCAAGUGAUGGAAAGGAGCUCCUGAUGGCGCUAAAGCAGAGUGUGGACCCCCAGUCCCAGGAGGGACACAGAGACACAGAGACUCACAGCAAGUCCAGCACGGAGCUCUGUGUGCUCCAAUAACAGGCACCGAGGUGGGAAGGCUUGUCACUUUAUUGUUUAUCUGCUGUUUUGAAUUGGACACACAAUCUCAAAAGGAGGAAAACGGUGUACAAUAAGACAUGAUUAAUAUAUAAUGCUGUAAAAUAUUUUGUCCUGUUGUGACAUCAAUUCCACUGUUAUUUAAUUUAACAUGUUUUUAUUUUGAGGGAUAUAUUUUAAAAUUUACUGUAUACAAUGCUUUCACAAAAUUUCUUUUUGAAAAGAUGUGGAAAGCAAUACACAUUUUGGUAUAGGGACUCUUAUGUUCAGAGUCUAAACAAAAUUAUUUAAAGCAAAAACUGUAGCACACACCUCCUCAGGGCCAACUCUGAUGAUACUUUUUUAGUUGCAUACUUUACAGAUAUCUGUCUUCAUCAUUUGCCUCUUCACUUUCUGGUAUCAUUAUGAUUGAUUCCCCUUUAUUAUGCCAGACAGGGAUUAUGUUUAGUGUGUUUAAAUUAAAGAUGUUAGAUUAACUUUUUUUUCAUCACCACAAAAUGCUGAUUUAUUGACAUAUUUGUACAGGCUGUGGUGGGUUUUAACAGACUGGGUGCAAUUCUUUUGAGUUUGUCAUUAAAUCUUUUUGUCAGCUGCGCUGUUGUCUUUCA